AUGGUGCUGCGUGGGGCUCAGCAGCGUCUGGUAGACCUCGAACAGGGGAGGGUUUAUGCAGAGAAGAGUCUGAAAAUCAAAUUUGCAGUUAGGAAGCACGGAAACGCUCCUGGAAGCACGACAUUCAGUGGUGACUGCUGUGUUCAGUUUGUGCAGUUGCUCCUCACCCGGACGGGCCCCACGGGGCUCUGCUCGUUCUGCCGUCCCCGGUAUCGCUUCGAUAACGAUCCACCCCAAACGCCGUCCCGGUUCCGAUCCCCGUCCCCAUUCCUGGUGUCUCCUGGUACCAAUCCCCGCUCCUCUCGCGUGCCGAUGGUAGAGGAUCCCGAUGAACUAGCAGUACUGGAAGAAAUCCAGCACGAACUGGUCUUGCAAGAACAGUCGGUCAUAGAAGAGUAUGAGCGAAGUCUUCAGUUUGAUGAAGAGUGUCUCAAUGCAAUGCUUGAUGGCUUGGAGGCCAGUGACAAGAUCAUCUGUCCUGUGUGUAGAAAGAAUAACCUGACCGUGAAGAACCACUUGGUGUUGUGCCAGUGUGGAUUAUACAUCACUACUCAGGAUAUGACAGAAGAGAAGCUCCGGUCCCUUCUAGAAAACACUAUAACAGAGCACAGUUACAGGUGCUUUCACAAUCCAGAGUUCACUGUUACCAGUGGAAUGGAGGAAGAAACGAGUCUUCUCAUGAGCUGUUCGGUCUGUGACUCCUGGACGGUUCUCCUGUAGCUUGAUUUGGCUGCUGUUUUUAUCACUGGAAGAACUUCCUGAGCU